CAACGAAGGGGAGAUCAGCUGUUCUCUCAGUAUCUACCCGGCUGUGGGCUCGCCACACACACAGACAGGCGGGCCGUCCGAGUUACCCUUAGCCGCCGGAACACACACACGCAGACACACAGACACACGGACACGCACACACGACCACUCGCCUCACAGAGCCUUCCCACACAGACACACAACACACUCACACGCGCGCGCACACGCACUUACUCACUCACACAGGGACGGAGAGAAAGGCCCGAGCUCAAUGUGCGAAGGAACCAUCCCACUUCAUUUGCGCUUCGGAGGAAAUCAGCAGUUCACAUACAGGCCCCACCGCGACAGUCAACACCAUCUCACAGACCGCCAGUCGGAGGUGAUUCCUCCACACUGAACUCACCCACGGGCCGGGAUCCUCGCCAUGGGUGUCUGUUACCUGUCUACCAGCGAGAGUAUCUGCUACAGCAGGUGAGACCAGGUGUAACUACCGUGCGGGACUUUCUGUGUUUUGGAAGCCACCCUUCACGUUGUUAGGACCCUCGCUUAAAGGGCUUCACGAGAGAAAGAAGGAGUGUAUAGUGUCUGUGAUCGCCGAGGUUUCAUACCGGGUGGUGCAUCGGUCAGGGUGGUAGCGACUUCACCCGUCAGGAGUACGUACACUGGUGGGAGGAGCGAUUAGAAGGAGAGAGUGACCGGAGGAUUGUGUCCGCAGCUGCCCCAACACCUGACCGCUGCAGCAUGCUGUUCACUUAGAGCUGUGGAGGUGUUCGCGCGCGUGCGUGCUCGUCGGAAGGUGUGUGUGUGCGUGCGCGCACCAAGGAGGAGCACGGAGUUGGUGGGUGGGGGAUGUACAGGGGCGGAGAGGGUAGCCAUGGCCAGGCUGGCCCCCUCGGCUCACAUCGCUGCCUCCGCUGUGUGCGUCUUUCUGCUGCUGAUGCUGGGUGUCCAGACUACAGUCGCCACUGUCACCAACACCAGCAGCAUCACCACCGCCAACGGCAGGGGUACAGGGCUCAAGCUCUCACAGGUGGACGGCAAGAGUCUCUUCCGCUCCCUGCGGGCCUCCACGUGCUCGGUAGACUGCAGUCAGUCCAAGGUGGAGUACGUCUGCGGCACGGAUGACGUCACCUACACGUCACGCUGCGAGCUGCAGCGGGCCAAACAGUGUGACGGGAAGCGAGCCAACGGCUCCCGCAUCCAGGUGCGCAGCAAGGGCCGCUGUCCCGGAGACACGUCUGUGGUGUCCAAGUGCUUCCAAGAGCGGGACGAGGCGCGCAAGUCGGCUCAACGUGAUGACGUCUUGAUCCCGUCAUGCAACGCGGACGGCACGUACAGCGAGGUGCAGUGCCACACCGCCACGCGCUACUGCUGGUGCGUCACCAAAGAUGGCCGCCACAUACCGGGAACGUCUGUGCGCGAGCAGAAGCCACAGUGCAAAGGUCUGCCUCCUGGGAGGACUGUAGCCACUGCCACGGUCGCCUCCAACGACCACCGUCACAGCAACGACGGCGACGACAACAAAAAUGCAACAUCUGCCAGCAGGCGCCGAAAACGGAAGGGAAGAAACAGUAAAAAGAAAAAGAAACGAAAAGAGAAUGUUGCAUCCACCACAGCCUGCACGAGCAAAGAACGCCAACCGUUCAACGCAGCGCUCGUGCAAGUGUUCCGUGAUGAGUACGAGAGAAUGCUGGCGGCCCGCGGGCCAGAGGCUGUCAACGACGCCUCCAGCACGGACGAUGACGUCAGCAUAGAAAAGAAGAUCGUUGUGUGGAAGUUCACGCAGCUGGACACGAACUCAGACAACGUGCUGAGCUUCAAGGAGAUCCGCAGCUUCCGCAAGAUGGUGAAGAAGCUCAUCAAGCCUCGGCGCUGCGCCAAAGCCUUCCACCGCUACUGCGACAAGGACAACGACCGCAGGAUCCAGAAGAGCGAGUGGACCUUGUGCCUGGGCGUCGACAUUAAACUUUCUUUUCGAAUAUUCAUAUCUCUCAACUCAGAGGGGCAGACGACCGACCAGCCGCCGGACAAGCCAGCCAUCGACCCCGUCCUCAGACCCCUCUCUACACCGCUGCGACCCCCACUCAGUCUGACACCCCUCUCCACCCGCCCCACACCUUCGCACAGCAGCAGGAAGAACAGGACAGCUGACUCCAACAGCCGCGACUGUCAGGACGAGCGGCAGGCUGCGCAGGUUCACGCGCGGGAGGAGCCGGAAGCUAACAUCUACAUCCCGCGUUGCCAGAGCAACGGGCUGUGGCUGCAGGCCCAGUGCCACGAGGCCACGGAGUACUGCUGGUGUGUGGAGGAGGACACGGGGAUACCCAUUCCUGGCACCUCCACCUUCAAGGUGGAACCCAACUGCACCAUCCGCGACGACCGGCAGAUGAAAGACUGUCCGUUCGAACAAAAACGUCGCUUCAUCGUAGACCUCAUGGCGGACCUCACGCAGGAAAUGAACGCAGCUAACGCCUCACAGCCCUCGGGGGCGGAACCGGAAACCACGUCAGCACGAGAGCGCGUGGCGAGGUGGAAACUGCAAUCAUUGGACAAGAACAAGAAUAGCAUCCUCGAACGGCAAGAGUGGCGGGACUUGAGGAAGACUCUCAAGAAGAACAAGAACUACCCGCGCAAGUGUCGCCGCCAGUUCUUGCGGUACUGUGACGAGAACAAGGACAAGAACCUCUCGCUGGAGGAAUGGAGGGACUGCCUGGGCCUCAACCAUAACCUGUUUAACAGCCUGCCGCAGAAUCCAAAACGAGUUGGGCAGAAAAAUCCUUUUAUGGAUCAGUUGACAUGAGGCCGCCCGGAGGUCACGCAUUUCUCUGGAACAAUCUGAUUGGCUGAGCAAUCGGGCUGCUGCUGGACUAACACCUCUCUCAAGCUGAUAUUGAACUCACCAUUUCUUUGGAUGAUGCUGAUCUGACAGUGUGUUUGAGUGGACGGCGCUGAGCUCACUGUGUCUUUGACCAGAUGACCUGGUUCGCCUACCUUUGAUUGGAUGACACCGAAGUAACCGUAACUUUGAUUGGAUGAUGCAGCACAGAUAGUUCUCUUGAUUGGAUGACGUGAAAGCAAGUUUUUUUGUUUGUUUUUUUUUGCCCUAGAACUUACAUUUUGUUGAUAUGAAGAGAAUCAUAAGCCCUACUCUCUACCACCAAAAAUUACAAACUGGGAUUUUUUAUUUUUAAAAAAGUUAAAAGUUUGGUAACUGCUCACCUAGUGUGGAACAUGGCUGCUGUAGAUGUCCAGUAAAAUACCUUUCCUCUCUUUGUGAGUGUAUGUGUGCAUUAGUCAUAAACGACAAACGAACAAUUGUUCCUUUGAAAACGUGACUUUGAACAGGCGAAGCCUGCUUUUAAAAGUUCUGUGAGUCGGUGCACGAGCAACUGCACGUGAGACAAUAAACACAGACAAACGGUAAAUCUCGUAUUAUUGUCGAAGACAACUUGAUUUUAAGAUAUUAGUAUACAGUUGUUGUUUUUUUAACAUUACAGUCACAUUUAGAAAGCAAGAUAACAGGCUGAAGAAAAACAGAAGAGGAUUUGUUCAGUGGUGGCGUAUGAAAAGUACGUUUUUGUAGGGUGGACCAGUUUCGGAAAUGUUUUGAUUUUGUUAAACUUCUGAACAUCUUGAUGAAUGCUGCUUAGACACAAUAGAAUUGUGCUGAAGAUUGUCAUUGCGAGUUUGUGUGUUGCACGAUUUUCUGUACGUGAAAUUAUGCAAAAAUUAUAUAGCAUGAUCACGUGAAGAAAUGUGGACUGGACGGAAGGAAGAAAAUUGGUAACGACUUGCAGAUAUAACUAAUAAACAUAGCUAUUGUACUGUC